UAUGAACCAAGCUGUCGCCAGGCGUGCUGUGGAGUUACGCAACGCCUUUUAAUGGACUUCACGGCGCGUUUGCGGCUUCUUUAACUCGAAGCGGUGUUCGGGAUAUAUAGCAAAUGUUGCCUGAACUUGAUUCAGGACACAGGAUUUGGAUCGGCAUCUGAUAGAUAAAGAGCCUGGAGCACCAUGAACGUCCCCCCUCCGAGACGGACAGCAAGAUCAUCAUCCCCUGGCCAUCCACACCCUACGUUCAAAAUACUGGACAGCACUCAAGUGAUGCCUGCGAGAGACAUACAUCUAGACUGGAAACCCCCGACCGUGGUAAAAGAGCAGAGCGAGGCAUUCAGAUCGACUGCACAAACCUCCACGAUGGUGUCCGCAUUCUUUACGCUCCUGUCAGGCGUGCUCUUCGCCGCCGCAACAUGUAGCGGCCGAGUGCCCACCACCGAAUCCUCCCGCGUCCUCUUGUGGUUUCGGAUCACCUCGUACGCCGCAAUGAUGCUCAAUGUGUUCGGCUCCGUCGCCUCGCUAUGCAUCGUUGAUUUAAUUGGUGAUCUCACCCUCAGUUCUUCCCGUCGACAGCCCCCGACGCUGGGGAUUCUCCCAGCCUCAACUCGCCCACUUCAAUUGCUUAGGAGGUAUGGUGCUCCCCAAAACUUUCCGGUCGUCUUCGCUCAAUGGGUGAUCUACCUCCUACUCGGCAUCGGGUUCAUGCUUGCGCAGCUUAUACUCCUUGUGUGGAUUAUCGAGGGGCUGACGGCGGUUUCCAUUGUACUCACUUGCAUUUGUUCCACAGCAGGGCUAUCCCUCUUUCUCUCAAAUGUCAUCGGGGGGAAAUCGGACUGAUACAUGGCGAUCCUUCCAAAUGAAAUCGAUAGUUGCUGUUCAACCACAUUUCCGACCAUUCCCUUCGCUUCGUGUCCACGAUACUCGUAGAGCGUGUUUCAACUUGAUCUUUCAUCUCAAAUAUAAAUAAGGACGCUUAUUUGUGGAAGCACGAAUAUCCCAUGGAGAUCCUUUCGUUCAUAGCUCAUAUUCAGUUCCCAUUGAGCGUGGGAAUUGACGCAGGGGCUGCGUUAUGA